UUCAUCCUCACAGGCCCCAACUUUACGAGGGAAAGCUCGUCGACCACGAUCGGGCGUCCCAGCAUCUUGUUCCGAGCGAUCCUCUCCCCGUCGCUUCCUUGCAGGCAGCGGGGCUCCUCGGCGGCAGCCCCGGAUCCUCCUGCAGCCCCUUCCAUGGCUCCUCCUCGCACGCCGCUGGCCGGUCUCUCCUCGCCGGCAGCCCGGGGUCCUCCUGCAACCUCCUCGGCUGCCUCCUCAUCUGACGCCGCCGGAUGUUCUCUUCCUCGGACGCCGCCGGCCAAUCCCGGCUCCAACGCCGCCGGCCCACCCUCCUUCUCCGACGCCGGUGCGCCUCCAACUUUCGAGCUGUCGGCCCCGUCGCUGGUCUUCCAUGGACUCUGACAGAUGAGCAAGACGCCGCCUACAUCAGUAAGGGACCUCCCAUCAGAGAUCAUCGUCUCGGUGUUCAUGUUGCUCCCCGGCAAGUACGACCGUGUACGGAUGUCAGUUGCCUGCAAAAGCUGGAGGGCACUGUAUCUUCAAAAUCUUGGAAUGAUACCACCAGAACUGCCGUGGCUAGUCUUGCCAUCAACCACCAAACCCAUGGUUCAUAUGACCUGUGGUCCGUUCAAUUACAAGCUUGAUCUUCCAGCACCUAUCAAAGAUGAUGCAGAAUUCUGUGGGUCGCAUGAGGGAGGUUGGGCUGCCCUGGCCAUGAACACUGGAGAGAAUGUUCUUUACAACUUCAACAGUAAGGAAACAUUGCCAAUGCCAACCACAAUGCUUUUGGAGGAAGAUCUGGUGGUUCAGGCAAUAUUGAAGAUGGCUUCUUUUUCUGCUCCCCCUCUUCCAGAUCCAGCCCAAUGUGUGGUCGCUGCAGGUCUCGCCAUCACUGAGCCAGAUUCCAUUCACUUUGCUUAUUGGCAGUAUGGUGUGGGUGCUCACUGGACCCGUGUUAGUCUUGGUAGCAGGGAUGGUCUCAGCUCGCCUAUGGUCGACAUCGUAUACCACACCCAGCGUGGUUGUUUCGUAUGUCUCACAGAUGACCAAAACUUGCAUUUUCUUAAGCCGAGGUUGGGUGAUGAUGGCAUUACAGUAAUGGAGUACAGGUUCCUCAAGGUUAGUCUUGCCCAGUCCGGCAGUGAGAUGUCGAUGAUGACGAACUUUCUACAAUACAUGAACCUAGGGACCCUAUCUGGACAGUACAUUGCGCAGUCCGGGAAUGAGAUCUGGUUCAUCUCGAAAUAUCUGGACAGUUUUGGCAACGGCAACAGAACAAGGUGGUUGCGUGUGAAGAGGCUAGAGGAGCAUGGUACCAGUAAAGAGGAUACGCCGUACUGGUCUGUUGUGUGCGAGUUGCCGGGGAGGGUGCUGUUCACAGGACUUGCCUCUUCAAGGGUCUUCCAGAGGGACGACGACUUCAGUGAUCACGCAGUGUUUCUUGAUGACAGAGGCAUCCGAGUUCCAGGGCUACUGGAGGUGAUGUUCGAGCGCACCGACUCCGGAAUGUUCUCCGUGAAGUACUCCAGGGCAAAGCCGUGGCCACCUGCCGGCGGGGAAGAAGUUGCACAUGUGUCCAACAAGUGUCCACCAACCUGGUGGCUCCACUGAUAAGCAUUUCAACAGCACAACUUGUAAACGCUCCUGAACUAGAAUAGCUUUUAGAUACUUCUAUCCCCUGUGCCAUUCAUUGUUUCUCGGUCAUGGGCGAUCAGCCGCCGUUGCUUGUAGGCGAUAACGAGGAGUAAUCGCUAGGUGCAUGGCUGGGCUAGAGCCGAUCUAUUGUUGUAUGCCGAACGGUGCGGUGUUGUAAAGGCUCCUGAAUUGGAAUUACUUGAAAUACUUCCAUUCCUUUUACAGUUCGUUGUUGAUUUGUUGGUGUCCUUGUAAAAGCUCCCGAAUUGGGAUGCAAUAACUCUAGUA